AUGAUACACAAUUGCUGCCUCUUGCUAAUUGUUCUUCUACGAUUCACGACAGCCGAAAAUACUUUUAAUGUGCUGCUGGAAGAAGAUAUAAAAGUGGACUUGGGUAAUAUCAUGCGAGAAUCUUAUUUUAAUACCUUUACUGAAGUUGCCGAAGGAGUUGCGGAAGUUACUGACGAUGAAUGUCAGUUUCUUGGGCAAAAUGCAGCACAAGAAAUGGGACGCUUCAAUGUCGCGUCAGGCCAAAGAGGUUGGUAA